GGAAACGCACCAGCAACACGUUAUCUUGUUUACAAUGUGCAUGCUGUCAAACCCAGAUAGCUCUACCAGGGACCAAACAUGGAACAUCUCAGAGUACUAGAAUUGUACAGCGGUAUCGGAGGAAUGCAUUAUGCAUUAACAGAGAGUGGUGUGGCAGCAGAGGUGGUAGCUGCAGUGGAUGUGAACACCACAGCCAAUGAGAUCUACAAACACAACUUCCCCAACACGCCUUUACUUCCCAAGACCAUAGAGGGAAUGACAUUGGAUGAUUUCAACAAAUUGGCGUUUGAUAUGAUCUUGAUGAGCCCUCCAUGUCAACCUUUCACUAGGAUUGGGUUACAAGGUGACAUAACUGACCCCAGAACCAAGAGCUUUCUCUACAUCCUUGACCUUCUACCAAGGCUCAGCAAGUUGCCGCGCUUCAUUCUGCUGGAGAACGUGAAAGGCUUUGAGACGUCCUCCGCCAGGGACUCUUUGGUGAAAACGCUAAAGGAAUGUGGAUAUAACUAUCAGGAGCUCAUGGUUUCUCCUACAUGUCUGGGGAUGCCUAACUCCAGACUCCGGUAUUUCAUGAUUGCCAAAGCACCACCAGGAUCUUUCUCCUUCCACACCACUUCAGCGAUCCAGGAAGGUUUCCCGCACCCUGCAGACAAGGUCUUAUUAGAGCCCAGUUCUCCAAUCUCACCUAGUCCCACUACAACCACCUGCCAAAAGGACGAUCACAAGGAAGAUGAAGGUGGUAUCCUGUACAAGCUGGAGCGGGCCCAGGAUGCUGAGAGGAAGAGCAGUCAGAACAGAGACCCGUCCCUCAGACAGAUCAGGGCCUACCUGGAGGACCAGGGAGAAGGGGAGAUGGAGCAGUACCUCCUUCCUCCUAAGACCUUGCUGCGCUACGCUCUGCUCAUGGAUAUAGUCAGGCCCAUCUGCAGGAGAUCUGUCUGCUUCACCAAAGGCUAUGGACACUACGUUGAGGGAACAGGCUCUGUGCUUCAGUCCUGUAUGGAAACAGAUUUGGAAGCAGCGUUUAAAUCUCUGGAGCGUCUGUCUGAUGAGGAGAAACUACAGCAGCUGUCCAGGUUGAAGCUCCGCUACUUCUCCCCUAGAGAGAUAGCCAACCUCAUGGGCUUCCCCAAGCACUUCAAUAUCCCAAAGAACAUCUCCACCAAGCAGCAGUACCGAGUCCUGGGGAAUAGCCUGAACGUACAUGUGGUUGCCCGGCUCAUAGAACUCUUGGUAUCCUAACCAGGUGUAUACAACUCAUGGUAUCCUAACCCAAAAUACAUUCUGCCUAGGGAAAAAUACUGUUUUCCAGUUUAUAUCUGUGUUAUAACUGUGCUACUAGUGAGAUAAUGUAGCCACAGUCUGUCUGUCCUAGAGUCCACAGUUGGGCCAGAGGGACAAGUUACAUACUGUAUUUAUUGUAUAAACGAUGUGCUACACGACAUGGAUUGGAAUCAUGGAAUCAUGGAAUCAACCUCUGCAGAUGCCUUUGCUUUUUUCAUUUCAAUUUCAAAUCUGCUAACUGAAUUAAAUAAAACUUUUUUUUUGCUAUA